AUGUCUACAACGCAAUCCACAAUUGUCUUGCCGCCAGAGGCACAUGGCGAGGAUUUCUGGUCCUCCCAUUCUCUAUCUGGCGCGACACCUCUCGAGUCGCUCCCGAGCCCAGGCGACCAGUCUCUUAGCGAACAACAAUUGUUCCCAUGCACGCCUAUCCGACCUCUAGACACUGCCAGUGUCCAAGAACCCGCGCCUACCGCCGUUCUCGAGUUGAGCGAGCUGAGGAUUCGACAAGUCGAUAAUGCCACUGCCAACGGCUCAUCACCCACUGCUGGUGCUGGCCUCUUUGAAGAGGGAGGCAGCCCGACGCAUCCCGUCUCGCAGGGCGUUCCGCCUGAGCUUCGCAACUUCUUGGCGGAAAUCAUCUUUGUCCUUGUUUGCACGGCUGGGCAGGUCAUCCUAUCGCUGACUUUGGGCCAGGUUGUGGUGAACCAGUUCGUCUUUCGGGAAGCGCUGGGAAUAGUCCCGGCGCAGACUCCCUGGCUUGUGGGAUCCUCGGCGUUGGCGAGUGGUUUGUCCGUCAUUGUUUUCGGGCCACUGGCUGAUCUUGCUCCCCCGAAACCACUCAUGGUGGGAGCUUUUUUGUGGGAGGCAGUGUGGAACGCAGUGGCCGCCUCGGCUAUUUCUCCAGAGCUCAAGAUCCUCUUCUUUGUAGCCCGAGCCAUGCAGGGCUUGGCUGUUGGAGUGCUUGUGUCAACUUCCAUGAGCAUUCUCGGGCGGGUAUACAAUCCAGGCAUCCGCAAGACUAGAGUCUUUUCGCUAAUGGCAGCGGGAGCGCCGUUUGGAUUCUGGAUUGGUUGCGUCCAGGGAGGUCUCCUCACUGCUCAUCUCGACUGGAUAUUCCGCAGCACAGCCAUUUUCCUGGCUGUUUGUGCCCUUGCUGCUUAUUACACGAUCCCAAACCUGCGGCCGGCGGCGGAUAGUAACGCUGCAGACGCGCCUUCGAUAAGACAGUUUGACUAUAUGGGCGCUUUACUGGCUUCGCUGGGCAGCGGGCUGAUUCUGUUUGGGCUUACGCAGGGCUCGGCGGCACAGUGGAAUCCGUAUACUUAUUCUUUGGUCAUUGUUGGUUUCUUAUUUCUUGUCGCAUUUCACUUUGUAGAGCGCCGUGUCGCUCGUCCUCUAAUCCCAAACGGCAUUUGGAAAACACCCGGGUUUGUUGCGGUUUUGGUAUCCUACGUUUUCGGGUUUGGAGCUUACAGCAUUCUCGCAGCUUGGAUCGUCUCAAAGACUCUUCAUAAGGUCCCUGGUCACUGGAUAUUUGCCACGAGCAUGGUAUGCUUUGGCCUAGGUCCGGUAUUCUUCCUUCCGCAAACCCCCAAUACCUCGUAUUGGGCCUUGUCGAUGCCUGGCGUGGCUUUGGCAACCUUUGGGCCGGACCUCAGCUUUGCUGCGGCUUCAAUCUUCAUUACUUCGAGCGUACCGCGGUCCUACCAGGGCGCUGCUGGCAGUCUGUUGGUUACGGCGCAGAACUUGACCAUGGCAAUCAUCACCUCUGUUGCAGACUCUAUUGGCAUCAAAGUCGACCAGCUUCCUUCAGGAGAGGUAGGGCUUGAAGGCAUGCGCGCCAUCUGGUGGUUUGGCUUUGCUUCGGCCAUGGUUGGGGCCUUGAUUACCAUUACAAUGGUUCGAAUUCCCAAGGCAGAGGAGAAGGAGCACGUGCAGUAA